AGUUGUCUUUUAUCGGUCGGUUGGAGUGUACGUGACGGUUGUCGUUAUGUGACGGAUCGCGAGCUUCCGACAAAUUACAAAAAAAAAAAUUGUUGAUAUUAAACUAGUACUAUCUCAGUGUUAAUAAUGUGGCCGUUCCAUCAGACAUUUUUAUUUUAAUGGAUUAUUUUUGGAUACAAACUAUUAUUUUUCUCAUAGUGUUUAUUGCCGGAUUGUUUACUAUGGUCAUCGUAAGUGUUUUCAACAGGGAAACAUGGAUAUCGCGUCGAAGACGGCAGUUCACUGAAACAGUAAUUUUGGUGCAAAUGUACUAAAUUAAGCGAUAUUGCGUGCAAAAACGUCUACAGAUCGAAUGAAGUCGAAAAUCGGGAAGAUGAAAUAUUUGCCUUCGGGCGGACAAAAGGAAUGUUAUACGUUGCUUACAGCGAGAAGAAGAUAUAUGAAGAAGUUAAUGCGGCAGCACGUGGUGACUACGCCAUGGGCUUCAACAGCUACAGGGGGCGCUCGUGCUCAACAUGAAUUAUUCGAGCUUCUCGAGCGGGUACAGUGUUCCCGACUGGAUGACCAGAGGGCGGUGUUGCCACCAUAUUUUUCUCAGGUGUCGCGACCCGAAAACCGGCGCUCGGUUUCAGUAGGCGCCGCUGGGACAGGCUUGGAAAGGCACUCGUAUGCCGAGGGUCGAGUCCCAGCGCCGCAUGGGCCACCGCCUUCGCCAGGCGCAGUGGCAGCACAGCGAAAAGUCGAAGCAGCCUGCCAAGCUAGCAGAAAACUGCUCGAGGAGAUCCUUGCGAAACCUGGAACCCCACCGACGAUAGUCCUACCGCCUAACGGUGGUUACUGGGUAGAUGGAGUGGACGAUAUCCCACCUGAUGGCGAGGAGAGCGAGCCUAGAGCCCAGCCUGGCACACCCAGGCAGACGUCCAGGCGCAACAUCGACACAGACGACACAGCCAAGUAUUACAGGCGGUUCUUCCUAGGCAAGGAGCACAUGAACUUGGUUGGGUUCGACGAGAACCAAAGCCCGGUGGUAAUGUCCCUCAAGAAUGAACACAUGGCAGGCCAGGAUCACACAAGAAUAUUGUUAAGGCUACGUACAGAGACUAUGCAUGGUCUAAUCCCUACCACUAGAUCAGGCAUAACACCAUCACCUGCAAGAAUGGCUAAGAUGCUGAACGAACAAGUCAACGUGGACAACUUUAUGGCGGUGACAUGUUUAAACGCGUCGCCCCUUAUAGCGACGUACGACGAACACGUGCUGGUGAACAACUUUAAAUUUGGAGUACUGUACCAGAAGUACGGACAGACCACAGAGGAAGAAUUGUUUGGGAACAACGAAACGUCACCCGUUUUCGAUGAGUUCCUCGAGAUGUUAGGACAGCGGAUCAAGUUGAAAGAUCAUAAAGGUUACCGCGGCGGGCUGGACAUAAUGAACGGGCACACGGGCACGGAGGCGGUGUACGAGCGGUAUAUGGAGCGCGAGAUCAUGUUCCACGUGGCGCCGCUGCUGCCGCACACCGCCGGCGACGCGCAGCAGCUGCAGCGCAAGCGCCACGUCGGCAACGACAUCGUCGCGAUCGUCUUCCAGGAAAAGGCGACACCAUUCACGCCUGACAUGAUUGCUUCUCACUUUCUUCAUGCUUUCAUCGUGGUUACGCCCAUGGAGACGAUCGGCGGGGAGACCAGGUACAAAGUGGCCGUCACCGCGCGUGAGGACGUUCCAUUUUUUGGACCGACUCUCCCCCAGCCGUCCGUAUUCCGCAAGGGGCGCGAACUCAAAGAAUUUCUCCUUACUAAACUCAUUAACGCCGAGAACGCAUGCUACAAAGCCGCUAAAUUCGCCCAACUCGAACUGAGAACACGAGCAUCGCUAUUGCAGAACUUAGCUGAAGAGUUGAAGUGCAAAACGAUUGAGUUUCUUGGUACGGGAGUAAGAAUUGAACCUGUAGCAGUUUCACCGCAGCCGGAGGGAACGCCGAAACAAGAUGGCCCUGGAGCCAGGUUUAUAGACACUGUAAAAAAGGCCCUAAUUUACAAAGUAAGAUCACCCAGCGAUCCGUCAGGAGACAACAUGAAAAAUUCUCUCAACAAGAAAAUUAGUAUUCACGAGACACCCACACCUAAUAGUGGGCGGUCGAAGACGUCGGUGGCGUCGUCGUCGGCGUCGGCGGUGUCGGUGCGGUCGGCGGGCGGCUCGGGCGGCUCCAGCCCCGACGUCACGUCGCGCGCCGCGCCGCCGCGCCCCGUCGACCACAGCGACGACUCCAGCCUCAACUCCGUCGACCUCGACCCGCUCGGCACGCCAGUAUACGUGGACAGCGACACGGGCCUAGAGUCGAUGUCGUCAGCGGAGGCGGGCGCCGCGCGCGGCGAGCUGGCGGCCGCGGCGCGCGGCGACGCCGAGCUGCUGCGGCAGGAGGUGUGCCGCCUCAAGAACGACAAGUUGGACCUACUCAAGCAGAACAUUACGUGGCAAAACGAAAUAAAAUGCUUACGAGAAAGAGAGAUCAAACUGCAAGCAGACCUGUCCGCUUUAUCGAAAGAAGUGAGGAAACUUCGCGAGCAACAAGCCACCAGCACUGUUAUUCCAAAUCCAUCAUCGCAUGACUCCACGGCUUGAGAUUAUUAAUACUUCCGAUUCCCUCAAUAUAUUGCAUCCUUAUGAUUAUAUAAUUAUAUUUGAUUUUGAAGGCUUUAUCUCCAGCAGGAUUACAAAUUAAUAUUUAACUUAUUAAAGUUUUAUAUAAAAACGUGCAGGCGGUUUAGUUACGCAAUGUUCUGCUGAUGCUGUAUGAAAUUUAAACCAUUCUAUUUCGUUACAAUAUAAAGCUUUUGUAGUUUUAGAAAUGAUUGUGCAAUAUUCGUUCAUGUUUUGCAAUACCAUUAUUUGUACCUACGUAUUUUUUAUUACGUAGAUAUUUUUGAUAUAUUAUGACAAAUUCUAUUUAUAAAAGUGGCAAAUGUCACGUCAAGCUGGCCUAAUACCGCAUUAUUGUCUCUUUAUAUUUAUAUUCAUGGUGACGUGUGUGUGAGUGCCAGAAGUAUCUGCAUAAGGAAAAAAUCAAAAUAUUUACAACUACUAUUUCGAUUUAACAUUGCUAAUUGAGUUGGAUAAAACCAUUUAUAAGCUUCUAGGCAGUACAAGUCUCAGAUUUAUCUCAUCAUUCCAUAUCUCUCAUUUUUCGCUUCCUUAAAAAACUUACUUUUCUCAGGCGGUGGGGAUGUACGAAACCCACAGGGAGAUCCCUAUUUUGCCUUUAGGUUUCAAACAACUUUAAGUCAUUGCUGACUGAUUAAAACUGCUAUGAGAAUUAUUUAAUAUUAAUAUUUAUGAAUAAAUAAUAAAUUAGAGAGAAUAUAAUUCGACUCUUCUAUGUUGUACCAAAACGAAUAUUUCAAUUUCGUCUUUAGAUUAUUAAUUAUUAAUGUUGUGAUAAACUGUAAACCAUUACAGUUUUCCUUUCUUUCUAUCGAUAUUUUUGUGUUAACAAAGAUUCUUUAACAUAGAGGAUUAUAUAUUAAUAUUACAAAAAUAAUAGCAAAUGUGUGUUUAAAUAUUUAUUUUAUGUAUAGAAUUUAUAUUUCAAUUUAGAAGAAAUGUAAGAGUAUUUAAAAUCAGUUCGCAGGUUCAAGAGUUGUGCGAGCAAUUUUUAUAAAUUAGAAACCUAACAUACAGAUAAUAUUUGAUUUUGGUAUUUAAUAGCAACAUCGGAACGACUAUUUGACAUUCAACGUUAUAUAACAAGAGUUUAACAGUAGAAAACUUAUUCAAGUCGUUCUGUUUCAUAAGACAUUAGAAAAUCAUUCAAUGUUGUGACGUAAAGUAGUAAAAUUUGGUUGUCAUAUAUGCUAGAAAACGGUACCUACAAAAUUACGCCUUGAUUGAUUGUAGAUAACCUAUACUUGUUGGAGCAUUAGAAAAAUAAAAACGAAAUUAUGGAUAGGCGUGAUCUUAUAGUCUAUUAAAAUGUUAGAAUUUCCUGAACCUAUAUAGGUUAUACAAUAGGUACUUUCCCAGUAUCCACUUUACUCUCAUUUAAACAUGUUUAUAACUUUUAUUUUAUUUCAUCAGUGCAAUUAUUCCUUUAGACGAAAACAGCACAGAUUUUUGUUUCCUUUUACUUAAGUUCACCAGUUAUUGUAAAUAUAUUAUAACUGGUUUUAGAUUAUUAAUUAAUCAGUAUUUUUCUAAUUUAUGUUUAAUUUAAGCGUCAUUUCUCGAGUGUCUUUGAGUUUGAUAUGUUUUGUUGUUUGUAAUUAAUAUUUUAUACCAAAGUUAACAUUCCCCACUAUGAUAGUGUAGUUUUUUUAUAUAAUAAUUAUUACGAUAAUUAAUAAAGAUGAAGCAGUAUUCUUGAAUUUUUAGUUGACGGAACACUAACAUUGUUUUUAAGUUUACAUUUACUUUCGUAAUAAAUGUAAUCUUUUGGAUGUUUGUUCAACUGUUGAUUAUGAUUAAGUUAAUUGAAAAUAAAUGUUGAUUCGUCUUUUCUAGACCUAAACCAAAUAUUGCGAGUGCGGAGCGUUAGGAGAAAUAGUUUAUAACUUUAAGAGACUAUGGAAAUAUAUAAAUAGUUAAUUACU